AUGAUUGCCAUCUGUCUUGCCCAAUCCAAGCAGCACCAAGUCACGGAUCGGACAGUGGAAUGGCCACACAGAAUACGCCAAUACUUGGCCAGAGUAAUGACUUGGAUCAUCGGCGUUCCCGCCUUGAAGUGGAUUUUGCCAACACCUACGUCUCAACCUCACCCCUAUCACCUCCCCCAAGAAUUGACGUGGCUUGACCGACAGUUGUGUCGUCUGCUCUUCCCACUAGCUCAGCACUCCCAUCCCAACAUCGACGAGGCAAUGAAGUAUUGGCGGAAGCAAACAAAAUACUACGGACGAUUUCUCGCCACCUUGCAGUUCAGGCAUUUUGCUGCUAGUGUAUGCUUUCGCAAGCUGCCUGAUGGCAACUUGAUGGCAAUGUCGGAGUUGGAGGUGAAAGUACACCGGAAAGUAGUCUCCUUAAAGCUUAAAGCAGAGAGUUCUGUCUGUGGAUGCGGCUUUGGGUACAGUUCCCUUACGCAUGUAAUCAGUGUUGAAAUGGGAAUUCCAACUGACUUUCCUCACUGCCAUGACUGCAUCAUCUAUGUGGUGGAUCUUUCAAGACCUCGCACGGAUGAUCUCAAAGACAUUUUGAAGUUGCUAUCUCCGCAUCAGCACUUAAUCAUUGCUGUGAUUGUGGACUCAAGGAAAGGGAGGUGCAGUAGGAUGGAGUAUCUAAUGCAGUUCUUUGAUAAUUUUGGGGGCUUCAACAACUCUCCACUGGCCUGCACUGCCACGAAC